UAAUUUAUUGUGUAAAUUAACUGAGAGAGAAAAAAAAAUAGUUAAAAUAAAGAAAGAAAAAGUGUAAUUUUAUAUAUUUUUAUUAUUUUUUAAUUUUGCCGUAGAAAAAAUUAAAUAGAAAAUUUAUAAUAGAAAAUAUUAUGAAAAUAUAAAAGAAAGCAUUUUAAAAGUGAAGUGUUUUCAAAAUAUUAUUUUUUUUUGUGGUUCUUUUCAACAUAAUUUCCGUAUAUCGCCAGAGGAAUAAUAAAUUUAUACAUAAUAGAAGAAAAGAAAAGAAAAACACAAAAAAAAUACUUAGAAAAAUCUCAGGAAUAAAAUUCAAAUCAAGGAAUAAAAAUAAGAAUUUUCAUCAAAGAAAAAAACAAAAACAAAAACUGGAAGAAAUUUUUCAUCAACAAAAACAGAAAAACUAGUUAAAUUAAUGAACUAACUAAACAGUAGAAUUGAUAAAAUUAAAAAGUGUUGAAUAACAAUAUACAAAAAAGAAAAAGAAAGCAACAGCUCAAAAAUGUUACCAAAUUGCUAACGGGAAAUAUUUACCGUUUCGAUAAAAAACAAUUUUUUGGUGGAUUUUUUUUUCUUCUUUCACUUAAAAAAAAGAAACCUUAUAAUAAAAAAAAUUUAAUAAAUAGAAAAAAAAACCAAAACCAAGUCUAAAUCAAAUCAGAUGAUAGAAAAAUUCCAAUUUUCAAUGAACCAUACAAUCGAUAUUUAAUGUUGAAUUACAAAGGCAAAUACUUAACUGUUUUUGUUUGAAAAAAGAAAAAAAAAUAAAAUAAACACAUACACAAAACAUACACAUUAAGAAAAUAAAAACAAAAGUAUGCCAAUAUCGAUUACCGGCAACAAUAACAGCAGUAACAACAACAAUAAUUAUAACAGUAUAAAAACAGAAGAAAAAAACAAUCAAGCUGCCAUUAAAAUUGAAAAAUCAUCCGAUCUAAUAAAAUUAUCUGAUAUUAUUGCAAAUACAACCAUUGCAGCAUCAGCAAUAGAUAUUACAACAGUUAUUAAUAGUUUAGAUUCAAAUAGUAAAUUAAAAAUUUUCGAAAGCAGUAUGUUGACUGCUUCAACUGCCUCAUCAAUUUUAACAUCAUCAUCAUCACCGACACCAUCAAUUGCGGCAACAGCAACUAAUUCAUCUUCAUCAUCAGUAUCGUCAGCAGCAGCAGCAGCAGCAGCGGCGGCUGCCGGUAUAACAACGACACCAACUAGUACAGUAACAAUUGGUUUUAAUGAUGAUAAUCCAACAAAUAUUAUUAGCUCAACAACAUCAAAUAUUAAUCAGCAACAGCAAGCAACUUCAAGUAGUUCGCUUUCUAAUUCAACAAUUACAUCAUCUUCAAUUAUUACAUCAUCAUCUGGUGUUGCUGGCACAUCAGCGGCAUCAAUUCAAAAUUCAUCAUUAGCAAUAACAUCAGAUUGUUUUAGUUUAUCAUCAUCACUAACACCCUCAUCUUUAUCAAAUUCAAUUGCAGCUGCAAGUGCUGCAUCAUCAAUAGUAUCAUCAGUUGUAUCAACUUCAAUUGAUACAAUCGAUGCAGCCGGUCAAUGCAAUAAUAUAAUGGUGUCAUCACCUCCAUCAAUACAUAUCGGUCUUGGUGGACAACAAAACUGUACAGCGGAUGAUAUUUUGGCAGCUACAACAUCAAUAUUAAAUGGCGGUGGUAACUCAACCAUGUUAACCAAUACAAAUUCAUCCAGUAUUGUUGGUCUCUUGGAUAUAAAUAGUAAACAACAAAAUCAUCAACAACAGCAAUCUCAAUCGCCACAACCGCAAUUAAUGACAAUGCAACAACAGCAUUCACCAAUUGAACAAGCAGUUGCAAAGGCAAUUGGUGAUUUAAAUUUAAACUCAUCAAAUGGAACUUUAGCUAAUAUUUUAAAUGGUACCGCUAGUGGUGGUGUUGGAUUUUUAGAUCAUCAUAGUAAUCCUAUUAAUAGUUCAAAUUUAGGUCCAAUGUGGCCAACUGGAGGUGAUGAUAAUAGUCAUAUGCCACCAGGCCCAUUAAAUGGUUUUGGUGCUAAUAAUUAUCAAAAUUUCUCAAAUCAAUCAAUGUAUAAUGGCGGCGGCGGCGGUGGAGGCGGAGGUGGUAAUGGUGGCUCUAGCUCCGGUAUGCCCCAUCAUCAGCAUCGUCGCGUUAUGUUAAAUCAACCACAACAAUCUAAUAGUGGAGGUGGUCUAGGUGGCGGAAGUGGUAAUAGUUAUUCGCAUGGUCUUUCGCCAAAUCGCUCAAUGACUGGCAGUGGAAAUACAGGUGGUAAUAGUGGACAAAUGCUAUCAAACAGUCCAUCACCACAGAAUAUGCAACAUCAUCAACAUCAGCAACAACAACAGCAACAAAAUAUGUACCAUAAAAAUCCAUAUCCAGCUUGGGCAAAUUCAGCUGCAGCAGCAGCAGCCGCAGCUGCAGCUGCAGCAGCUAAUCAAAAUAUGCCAUGGUCACCACAGCAGCAACAACAGCAACAACAACAACAGCCACCACAUCAACAACAUAAUCAACAUCCGAGUCAAAAUCAUAUGGCAGCACAAUGGAAUCGUGGUAGAUCUGUACCAAAUUUAAACCCAAUGGGUGGUGGUAAUGCUGGCGGUUGUUUACCACCCAUGAAUCGUAAGCAAAUGUCACCGAAUCCACCUGGAGGUGGUGGUCCUGGACCACAUUCACCUUUUGGUAAUGCAUCAAAUGCCGGUGGAGUUGGUGGCGGCGGUGGUGGUAUGCCCGGUAUAUCACCAAGUAAAUAUCGUCGUAGUACAUCAUUUCCUGGCAAAGGAUCAUCACCAUCUGGUGCGGGUUAUACAUUAGAUGUUCCAAAUUUAGAUGAUGGCAGAGGAGAUCCUUUCUUAGGCGGCAGCGGUGGCGGUAGUAGUGGUGGAAGUGGUGCUUUUCAGGUAUGGGCUCUGAAUUUAUUAAAAUAAUCAUAAUGUAUAUGUAUAUGUAGCUCAGCAUGAUAAGGUACGUAAGAUGUAACAUUAUAAAAUUAAGAGUGUGAGAUGAAAUUAUUAUGAAUGUUUAUAAUAAUCAACAUUCAAAAACAUUUAUAUUGUGAGGAAAUGAGAAGAAAUAGACUCAGAACGGGAUAUUUCUCUGGAAAAAAUAUUUUGGUUUAUAGAGAAUAUUAUAGGCGUAAAAAUGAAUGUGAAAUUAA